GCCACCACUUUCCGGUCUUGCGAGAUGAGCGCACAGGUGGCAACGCGAACGACACGCGCUGUGACGACGGCUGGGCGUACUGUGCGUCGGACACGGCCAGCACCCCAACGUCCACCGCUGAAACGCGACGAGAAAGGUCUUCCUAUCCCCCAUGUCAACGUGAUCGUUCGCGACACACACCGGAGCCGUCUUGCGGACCACUACCACGACACCUUACAAGAGGACCUCAUGUACAUGACCUAUGUGCACGAGCCGAUCCCGCGCAAGCCGCCUCGCCCUGUCCGUUUGACGUACGAUCCGAACGACCCAUACACAAAACACAGGCACAACCCUCCACUCGGCGGAAACCGAUGGGCGAAACAGCCGCCCCCUCCCUCUGCUCCGGACAACAUCAUCCAACUUGAGCGUAUCCAGAUCCAUACCCAAAUAAAGUCGGCGGUGGCCAGCCGUACGAACCUCCUUGGACCUAUCAUGGCCUUUCGCGCGAUCUCUGGAGCGACGGAGCAGGGUGGCGGUCAGCAUACGGCUGAAGGUGUGCAGCUGGUGAAGGGUCGGAAGAACUUGCAGGGCUGGGUGCGGCCUGGGCUACCGGUCGGUGUCAAGGUCGACUUGAAGGGACCGCAGAUGUGGGACUUCCUCAGCGUGCUCGUGGAGUUUGUGCUUCCCCGAUUGCGUGACUUCCAAGGCAUCCCCCUGGAGGGGCCGUCGUCGCGUCUGGACAAGCCGAACGCAGCGUCCGGUGUGGUGUCGUUCGGCUUGCCUCCCACUGCUCUCGGGCUGUUCCCUCAGAUUGAGGUGAAUUUCGACGCGUACCCUUCCACAUUCGGUAUGCACAUCCAUUUCAUCACGAAUGCAAAGGGCGUUGGGGCACAAAACCGCGCGAGGGCGCUGCUUUCGGGUUUCCAGAUUCCAUUCUCGAAAUCAUGAGGCUUGUCUACUAGACGUAUUAUCAUAUUAUGCUAAUAGAAUUGCACGUAAUUCUGGCGUGACCCGCCGCUCAAUGCCAGUAGACAAGUCGUUGGUAGGAGAGUCUCAGAAGAGAAAGUAGAUGUUAAGU